AUGGAGAACACCGCCCAGCAAAACAAGGAGGAGAAGGAGUUCAAGUGUCCUAUCGAACAAGGCAACGGUAACUUCGCCGACCCGGUCACAUGCCGUCGAUUUUAUCAGUGCGUUGAUGGAUUUCCGUACCUAAAUCGCUGUCCAUCCGGUCUGUACUUCGAUGACAUACAGAAGUACUGCACUUUCAAGGCGGAGGCAAAAUGUGGUCCACUAGCGUCAACACCGACAGCGACAACCGAAUCGCCGAUCGAUCUGGCAAAGAAGUGCAACCCGGCCGAGUGUGAACUGCCGUACUGCUAUUGCAACAAGGAUGGUACCCUGAUCCCAAAAGGUCUCGACCCAGAAGAGACGCCCCAGAUCAUUCUGCUCACCUUCGACGGUGCCGUCAAUCUGAACAACUACGAACACUACCGGAAAGUGUUUAACGGUAAGCGGAAAAACCCGAACGGUUGUGACAUCAAGGGUACCUUCUUCAUCUCGCACGAGUACAGCAACUAUCAACAGAUCCAGACGCUCGCCAACGAUGGACACGAAAUCGCCGUCGAAACCAUCUCCCUCCAGAUGGGUCUCCAAGAUAAGGGCUACGAGGAGUGGGUCGGUGAGAUGAUCGGCAUGCGUUCGAUUCUGAAGCACUUCUCCAACGUGACGGCUAACGAAAUCAAUGGUAUGCGAGCACCAUUCCUGAAGCCGGGCCGUAACACACAGUACAAGGUGAUCGAGGACUUUGGCUUCAUCUACGAUAGCUCGAUCAGUGUACCGCCGAGCCCGAUACCGGUGUGGCCGUACACGCUUGAUUAUAAGAUACCGCACGAAUGUAAGAGCGGCACCUGUCCGACGAAAUCGUUCCCGGGUAUCUGGGAAGUGCCGCUUAAUGCGCACUUUGUCGAGAGUUACGAAGGAGGCCAUUGCCCCUACAUGGACCAAUGCGUGCUGCACAAUCACGAUGCGGAGGAGGUAUUUGCAUGGCUACAGGAAGACUUCGAACGAUACUACUACCAGAACAAGGCACCGUACAUGAUGCCGUUCCACACGAACUGGUUCCAGAUUAAGGAACUCGAGCGUGGCCUGCAUAAGUUCCUGGACUGGACGCAAACGAUGCCGGACGUAUGGUUCGUGACGAUCACGCAGGCACUCACCUGGAUAACGGACCCGAAGACGAACAAGCAGCUCGGCGGGUACGAACCGUGGAACUGCAAGAACAAAAACACCCAGACACCGAAACCGUGCAACAUCUCGAACAAGUGUGCGCUCGCGUUCAAGGAACCGACGUCAAACAUCAGCGAUACCCGCUACAUGGAGACCUGUUUCGAUUGCCCAGCCGUCUAUCCCUGGCUCGGUGAUUCGCACGGUUCCGGCAUCCCUGGUCGCGACAACUACAUCGAUCAGUCGGAGGGUGGCGGCGGUAGUGCCGGACGCGACCAAGCCGAUGACGAGGAGCAGAAAUAA